UUUUUUGUACGAAAUCUGAGGAAGAAUUUAUUUACAGUUUGACAAACAACUGAGAACUUUGGAGAACUUUAACUUAAAGGGAAAUUACCUCAUUCAAAACCAGGACACGAUAAAGAAAUGCACCAGCAGACUUAAGUUGGAUUUCGGUGUCUCCUGGUGGUUUUUCCAGGGAGGGCCUUCAGGAUGGUGAUGUCCCAGGGCACGUACACGUUCCUGGCUUGUUUUGCAGGGUUCUGGCUCAUCUGGGCGGCCGUGGUCCUCUUCUGCUGCUUCUGUAGUUUCCUCCAAAGACGGUUAAAGAAACACAGAGAGGAGAGACUGAGGGAGGCGGAGUCCGUGUCCUGCCACGCCCCUGGACACGCCGGCUCCAACGCCCCGCCCGCCGCACCUCCCGCCGCUCACCCCAGGGAAAACACACAGCUCGGCUCUUCCCAGCUCUGCCCCCUGCAGGCUGUGAGCAGUACUACACCGCUACAGAUCCCACACCCACUGCCUCAGGCCAACUGGGUCACCAUGCCACCAGACUCAGACGUGUUUGGGAAACCUCCGUGUUACGAAGAGGCUGUUCUGAUGGAAGACCCUCCUCCUCCGUACAGCGAAGUGUUAGCUGACCCCCGGGGCGGGACUUAUCUCAAACCAGGUGUCCUCCGCCCCGCCCCCUUCUACGCCCCGCCCCCUGCCACGCCCCCCUGCGCUCCGCCGACCGUCUUCUCCGAGCGCGGCUACUCCUCCCUGAUCCGGCUGCCCUCCUCGCAGCGCUGGGACUCUUUGGGGCACCUUUUAUCCAACAUGGACCUGAACCACAACCACCUGACGCCCCCCAGUGUCCGCUCUCUGCACAGCACUGCGGGCGCGAUGGCGACGAUGCCCAGGAGGGACCCACGGACGCCCCACGAGCUCAGACUGCAGGCCGGGUACAACUCUUUGCAAGGACGGAGCAGCCAGAGGAGCCACCGGACGCUCCACAGGGUCAGGGGCCUCGAGCAGAACUGCGGCCUGCCCACGGUGCUCCCUCUGCUGGGGAGGAGCACCGCCGUGUAGCCCCCCGACCUGGAGCACCCGGAACAUGACUGGA